AACAGAUGACAAAGAAGGCCGAAGCAAUGGAAAUAUCGUGUGAUCCGGGUCAAGUCGACGUCUGGACGGGAUAGUUGAAGUCCGAAACAAAGCAAAAAACCCGUUAUCUUCUCUGGAACCACACGUUCGUUUCAUUCCAUUUCUCUGUCCAAACAGAAGAAUUAUAAGUUCCUCCCUGUAGCUUAGCUUGAAGCUCUGUAAGACCCGCCCGCAUACGAGAAAAGAAAAUGCCAACCUUGAACUUGUUCACCAAUGUUCCAGUGGACGCAGUCGUCGCCUCCGACAUUCUCAGGGACGCAACCAAAGCGAUCGCCAAGAUCAUCGGCAAGCCCGAGUCUUACGUGAUGAUAUUACUCAAUGGGUCGGUGCCCAUUGCAUUUGCCGGAACUGAAGCACCUGCUGCUUACGGUGAGCUGAUAUCGAUUGGGGGACUUGGACAGAGUGUUAAUGGCAAGUUGAGUUCAACUGUUGCAGAAAUUCUCCAAACCAAGCUCUCCAUUGAUGGCUCUCGAUUCUAUAUCAAGUUCUAUGAUGUCGAGAGAUCAUUCUUUGGAUUCAACGGUUCAACAUUUUGAUGGGCAUCGCAAGAAGAAGCUUUUGCAGGACGAGAUGAAAACCACAUUCAUGAACUUGCAGCUUCAUCAAUCUUUGCCUUCAUUGUAGAACAAAAUAAAUAAAACCCCUUUGUAUAAUCCGGUUGUAUCUCGGGCCGUAGUAGUUAAAUAUAACAUCUGUAACAGUUUCAGAAACAUACUAGCUUGUAGUCCCUAUAGAUUAACAUCCAAAGAAUCCUUCCUUUGUUGGAUCUA